UUGGAUGAGAUGAGAGAUGGUGUGUGAGUUUAAGUAGUGGAAUCGCUUGAAUAAAUAACAGGGUUGAUAUACCUCGUGGUUGAUAUUGGCAUACCUCGAUGUUUGGAAUAUUUUCACUACUAAUAAUCUAGCAUAAAAGGGAAGAAGUGUCUUGAAGUUAGCGAAAACAGCAACAACAAAUAGUAACAACAACAACAACUGCAGUUGUGUCAGUAAGAGUGGUAAUUCAUCGAUGCGGAUGUCAUGUGAACUUGAUAACUGUUAAGUUUUUGUUAAAAUAUUUCAGAUAGUUAAGUAAAACAAACUACACUGGAGAGAGGAAUACUAAAAGUAGAUGAAAAGCUUUGGGUCCAUCAUCGAUUACAAUUAACUGAGAGUUUGAAUUGUUUUAUUUAAAAAAAUCCGAUAAAGAUCACGAAUUGUGAAAAAAGAAACUGCAUUACUUGCGCAGAGAAACCAUGAAACCAUAGCGUCUGGUUAUGUCACCACAACGGCAUAGAACCAUGGGAGAGUUAAUAGGUGAAUCGCGUGCCGGUUUAGUGGAGAGAUUAGAGCUCGGAAAGUUAGACUGUGGAUCCACAAGAUCACCCUUUCAAAUGUCCCGCACCAACCUACUGGGUAAACCAAUUAAAUCCAUUAGUCGCUGCCGUGAUCCCCGCUACAGGAGGAAGCAAGUAAUGAUCUACAAUUUUCUGGAGAGACCACAUGGCCUUAAACCAGCUCUUUACCAUCUCAAUAUGUUUAUGAUGGUGUUCAUGUGUUUGGUACUAAGUGUAUUCUCCACUAUUAACGACUUUGAGGAAGUUGCCAGUGCAAUACUAUUUAGAAUGGAAGUAGUGAUGAUCGUAUGGUUUACUAUAGAGUUCUUCCUCCGCCUCUGGUCAGCUGGCUGUAGAUCACGUUACCAAGGUCUGUUAGGUCGAAUAAAGUUCCUGCGUAGUCCUUUCUGUGUGAUAGAUAUUAUUGUUAUUGCCGCUUCUUUUGUGGUGAUAGCCAUGGGAAGUAGCGGCCAGGUAUUCGCCACUUCUGCCCUACGUGGUCUCCGUUUUUUCCAGAUUCUACGGAUGGUACGGAUGGACAGAAGGGGUGGCACAUGGAAAUUGCUGGGAUCAGUUGUGUAUGCACACCGUCAGGAGCUCAUUACUACACUCUACAUCGGGUUUCUAGGUUUGAUUUUUUCAUCAUUCUUAGUUUACCUUGCCGAAAAGGAUCAAAAACCCACCAACUUUACUAAUUUUGCCGAUGCUCUUUGGUGGGGUGUGAUAACAUUGUGUACGGUUGGAUAUGGUGACACUGUUCCUACAACUUGGCCAGGGAAGAUUAUAGCAGCGUUCUGUGCUUUGCUUGGCAUCUCUUUCUUUGCUCUUCCUGCGGGAAUUAUGGGAUCCGGAUUAGCUUUAAAAGUACAACAGCAACAAAGACAGAAACACAUGAUUCGGAGACGAGCCCCAGCUGCCACGCUUAUCCAGUGCCUGUGGAGGUGCUACGCAGCAGACGAAAACUCAAUGUCUGUAGCUACCUGGAAAAUCCACCAGGUGCCAAUUCCAAGUUCACCUCCUGUACGAAGUAACUCAAGUUUCAAGCACAAUGCGUCAUUGGUCAGCCGUUUGUCAACAAUCAGACGUCACAAGCCUACUUCAUCAUCUAUGUAUGGACAUUCUCCGAUGACACGAAACCGUUUCGGUGAAGGUCGCACGGCAGUGGAUAAUUUGGGAGGAAGAUGUUUUAGUGAAGAUAGCGUUUCCAAGGACACUGAAACACUGAAACGAAAUUCAGAUGAUGACGAAACUGAAGAACCAAAGUUGACAGUGUUGACUAAGCAGCACAAAGACGCCAUUAGAGCACUUCGGAAAAUAAAAUAUUUCGUAGCUCGAAGAAAGUUCAAAGAAGCUCUAAAGCCAUACGACGUAAAGGACGUAAUAGAACAAUAUUCAGCCGGCCAUGUUGAUUUACUCGCUAGAGUUAAGAAUCUCCAGGGAAGGUUGGACAUGAUAUUAGGAACCGCUGGAUCAAAAGCCAAGGAUGUUUAUGAUUCCAGGAUUAGCUUGUCCUCAAGGAUCGUUAAAGUAGAACGUUCGGUAGAACAUAUAGAAGCGAAGAUAGAUAAGCUGAUGGAUAUAUUUCUUGAAGACCGACAACGAAGGAACACCAUGGCAAGUCAAACGUCUGUCCAACCAAACACAACCCAAACCAGUCCCACACCAACAGCUCUACCUAAACCCAAAUCAAUUCUCGUAGAUAAACAAGCUAGUGAACCAAAUACUCCAAUUUCGAAAAGCUUUGGGCGGUCCAUGCAGCGAGGAAAUUCAGACCUGUGUCAGAGGUUAAAGAAGCGUGUAACAUUACGUCAUUCAUUAGACACGACCACCCCUACUAUUACAGACGUAUCAAUGAGUGAGAGUCAAGACCUUUCAAGGGAAUUGGUUAUUGGAACAUGUCCCUGCAUCAAGAUCGAAGAUGAUUCACAAGUGGAUUCAACAAACACUCUCAACACGUUAGUGAAAUCCAUGUCGUUGGAUCGGCUUUCUGAAUGAAACUCUAAAACGGAAGUACGAUCCUUAAAUCAAAUUACAGACUUUCAUGUGAACGAGCCAACAGUUUGAACUGUUAUAUGACCACUUUUAUCCU